AUGGGUGCUUGCAUAAUUCUUGAGACAGAACAGAUAGGCCCAUUUCCCGGGGAAAAUUCCUUAAUUGGUCCAGUUUCCAUAGCAUAUGAGCAGGUUUUUGCUCCAUACCAUGGCUGGACUAUUAAGACUGCUGUCUCUACUGCAUUAUAUACCCUUCCUUCACUUGCACGAGUCUUGAAGAAACUAAAUGAAAGUGAGGCCUCAGCAAUGGUUCAGAUGCAAAACUAUGUAACGGCAUCGGCUCCUGUCAUACAAUAUAUUGAGACCUUAUUUCACUCAAGGGAAUCAGGUGACGUGGUGCUAGGAUUG